UCUCUUCGUUUUACUUUGAAGAUCAAAUAUCUACAAAGUGGACAACUUUGCCUCGCAAUAUUGAGAUGCCCGUUGCUGAAAAUGAUGAUCCUCUUUGUCUCGCCAUAUUCAAACCUAUUGGGCGUUCACUUGGCCGAGGGACGAAGAGAUACAUGGAUGAGCGCGAAUGGCAUGCUGCACACAUGUAUAUUUUGAGCAAUUGUGCAGAGGUUGCAGAGACAUAUAGCAAGAUCUUCAAGGAGGAAAAACGAUAUGCAAAUCCUUACAUGACUGAUGCAGAGUUUGAAGUCGCGUUUCACAACGAGUUUAUUCUGUGGUUUAACCAUUACGUUUGUCGUCCUUGUAACGACGAGUUGAACCCUUAUAUUAGGUCGCUUGCAGCUGGACCAUUAAGGGAGAUUGAAACAUACUCCGGCUAUUUCGUGAAUGGCUACAGGUUUCACACAACUGAUCAUGAUAGAGAGAGUGCGACUGUGAACAGUGGCGUUUGCAUAAAAGGUUCGGUCUAUGGUAGUGAUAGAGAUGUGCUAGACUUUUAUGGGCGUCUGCAAGAGGUUUGCGUGCUGGAGUAUCCGGGGUAUCCAAUUAAGCAGACAGUCUUGUUCAACUGUGAAUGGUUUGAUUUGUCGGCUCAGGGAACUUCUAUUGAUACAGACUUCAAGUUAGUUUCACUGAACCACACACGAAGAUAUAGGAAGUAUGAUCCCUUUGUUUUGGCGAGUCAAGUAGUUCAAGUGUUUUACUGUCCCUAUCCCAGUACGAACCAAUCAAAGAAAAAUUGGUGGUCAGCAUGCAAAGUCAACGCAAGAUCUAAGGUUGAAGUGUCUACUGCAGCAUCUACAUCAACAUUAGAUCAACCAUUUCAAGAAGAAGUGGUUACUAUUAUGCCUACUCACACAAGUGUAGGCAUUGAACAACCACUUCUCCUUCAUCCCCUCGGUGAAGUCGUUGAGAUUGAAGAUGACGAUGAAGCAGAAGACGAUGAUUCCCCGUUGACAUCUAACGAUAGUGAUGAUGAUAGUAGUGAUGCUUAUGAAUAAAUGCAUCAUGUCUACCUCUCGAGGUUUGUUGGGAUUUGGGAGGCAAUCUGGCGUUAAUGCGCCAGAAGCUACAGCAGAUACAUCUGAUGGGUCUGGGACGCAUAUUUCUGGGACUCCCGAGACUCCCAAUGCUUCUAGUAGUUCACGGGCUAGAAGGCCUAGGGGCCCUACAGCUGCCGCUAUCAGAGAGAGAGAGGUUAAGGCACCUGAUGGGAGGACGGUAUUUCAGAGGCAUCCUGAGACUGGUGUUUUGUUGGAGCCCACUGGCCUGUCCAAAGCUUGCACGUGCACAUUUAAGAUGUUUGAAAACACAGGCGGGUACACAUGGAAGUUGACGCCCCCGGCGAUGAAGGAUAAAUUUUUUGAUGAAUUACAGAAAGAGUUUACGUGGAAGCCCGAGGAUGAACAUGACGUGAGGAUCAUGUGGGAGACAAAAGCCCGCAAAAGGUACUCCGACAUGAUGAGCGACUACAAGUCAACUCUCAAGCAGUGUAUCAGCCAAGGGAGAGAGAUGUCUAGGCCCGUCUGGAUGACUCCCGAUUUCUGGACUGGACUCCGGGAUUACUGGCAUCAGCCCGAGGUUGAGGCUGUUUCAACUCGAGCUCGUGCCAACCGGAUGUCCGAGCCCGAUGGGGAGGGUACAGGGAUCAGUAGGCACGUGGGCGGGUCCCAGUCGACUCGUAUCCUGCAGCAGUAUAUGAGCUUGGAUCCUGGUACUCCCCAGGAUGCACCGAACUAUGCCACCUUCCUCCGCCUCCACACGUACGCCGACGGAAGUUAUACGUCGGAGAGAGAUGCUAGAAUUGACGCCGAGGUUCAUCGACUGGCCGCUGCCACAGGACGACAGGAGCGGCUAGACGAGGUGUAUUUGGAGGUGGUGCAAAUUGAUAGGUCACGGAUCUACGGCGUCGGGAGUGCCGGGCAGAGUCAGGCUAGUAGGGGGUCUAUCCGCAGCACGGGCACUUCUGCGGUGUCUCAGCAGCUUUAUGAGACACGGAUCUCCACGCUGGAGGAGCGAUUGGCGGCAGAGCAAGCACAACGCCAACAGAUAGAGGAGCGCAUGGCGGCAGAGCAAGCAGAACGCCAACAGAUGCAGGACCGCGUGGCUCAAUUGGAGGCGUUUAUGAUGAUGUAUAAGGCUCCGCCACCUCCACACCCUGAUGCCGAUGAUGAUGAUGAUGAUGAUGCUUAGACUUAUGUUUAUGUUUUCAAACAAAAUUACAUUUGCACUUUCUUUUCAAAUUUAUGUUUUAUUGAACUAUAUAUUUCAAGUGCUUUAAUUAUUAAAACUAUAAAUGUUUUAUAUA